AUGCCUGUGAAGUCUAUGGCUCGGUGUCGCGGCGUAUCGAAACUCUGGUCAUCUAUAAUCCGUCUUCCAAAUUACAACCACUUGUUCCCGGACAAGUCUACAUAUCAACCGAGGUUUCUUUUCACCUUCGUAGUUGAAGAAAGUUUGUUAUUCUUCUCUUUACCUCAACCUGAUCAGUUAGAAUCAGUGAAUUUGUCUCUUGUAGCCACUCAUCAUCUUACAAUUUCCGUCAAAGAUUACUCUAAAUUAUGUCCCCCUGUCCAAGGAUUGGUCUGUAGUCAACUUACUGGAAGUGAUUGUGAUUAUACAUGGGCUUUGAUUGUUAAUCCCAUCACUGGAGAGUCUGUAACAACACCUAAAGUUCCAAUGAAGGGAAUGGAGGCAGAAAUGUACUUUGGGUUUGAUCCAAUCGAUGAAAUGUUUAAGGUACUGUGUAACUUGGGAGGUUAA